AUGGAAAGCUAAGUUGUAAAUAAUUCAGAUGUUAAGAAUCUUUAGACUCUCUCGAUGAUACUUGACACCUACCUUGAAAAUUGUAUUCAAAAUACUGAUUGGGAAAAUAAAGCUAAUUCUUAAAGGGAGAAAGAAAAGCUUUACUAAAAAAUUUUAAAGACCAUAAACUAAAUAUUUAGCAGGAUUGGCGUUGCUGCAGCAACACUUGCUAUGCAACCUUAAUUGAAUCCAUAAGAAAAAUAACUAAAUGAUGCUUAAGUUUAAUAAUAAGAUUAAAUAAACACUAAUAAAAAUCCCAAUAUGGAAACUGAAAAUGCAGUAAAUGUAAAUGGUUAGUUGAAUUAAAAUAAAGUUGACCAAUUUUAUGGAAACGGCUAAGCCCAAAAACUUUAAGAUGGACAAUAAGACAAAAAUAACAUGGUUCAAGUAAAUAAGAAUCAAAUGGAAGAUGAGUCUGGCUAUUGCUAAAAAGUUGUGAUUAAUGCUCAUCCUUUUAAGCAAAGAUUAAUUAACUAAUAAUAACGUAUGUAGCAAGAGUUAAAAUAAAAGAACGAUCAAUAAUCUGAUGAAGAAGAUUACGAUCCACCAGAUAAUAGUAGUGAUAGUGAUUUUAGAUCAAGUGAUGAAGAAUAUUCUGAUAAAAAGAAAAAGUUAAUUCAUAAGAAAAAGCACAAUAACUACUUCUCUUAUAAUAGCCAAAACACUUCACAAACAUCUUCGAGGCCAAGAGGCAGACCUCCCAGCUUUGCUAAUAGUGAGAACGGUACAGUAAGCAUAUAAGUAGCUCCAGUGAGUGAAUAAAAAAAAAUACUUGAGUACUUUAAUCAACACUAUGACCCAUAAAAAAGGAAUAAGAUAUAUGUGAUUAACUAGAUCACCAAAUAAUUUAACUACUCCUAUUCUAGUGUUUACUAUCUCGUAACUAAAUAGGUUGUAACAGAAGAACAAGAAUACCAUGAAUAGAUCUAGAAGCAUAAACAAUAAUAGCAUAGAAGCUCAAACUAAUUCUAGACAUAACUGUAGAGGUAAUAAAUGUAAUAAUAGUAAUAUUACUAAAAUUAGUUUAGUCAAUAUAGUUAUAAAAGUGAAUAAUUUAAUAAUGGUUAUCCUCGCUAAGGCCAAUCGCAAUCUUCUUAACUCCACCAGAGUGACAUGUAAAAAAGGAAUCCUUCAUAUUAUGAGUAGUAAAGGUAGUAGAUGAGAGAAAAUAAAAUAUCUCCAAAUGAUCGUUUUGCUUAAAAUCUUUUAAAUUAACCAAACUCUCAACCUUCUUAUAAUACUUAAAAUCAACAGCGUAGAAAUCCUAUCAAUUAAUACUCAUAGUAGUAAGGAAAUUAUUAAAACAGUAACUAUUAGGCCUAGGAAAUGUCACAAACAGACUCAGACUCUGGGUUAUUCCAAAACUAAGCACACAACAGAUAGAUGUAUCCUAAGGCAGAAGAUGAAUUGUUUAGAAAUGAUCUUAAGGUUGAAUCCUUACAAGAAUCUCGCAGAGUUAGUGAGCAAGGAUAAGAUUUACAAGCAAAGCAAAUUCCAGGCAAUUAAUAAAAUCGUCUAGUCUCAUCAGAAAAUAGAUAAAAUUUAUAUGGAGAAUACCAUCGCAGUGCCUCAAGUAGAGAUACUAUUUAAAUUUAGUAGAAGCAAGAAUGA